UGGUACGCAUGUAUGAUGGUAGCAUAUGUUUAUCAGGCUUAUCAGGUUUUGAUAAAAGGCAGGAUAAGCAGUGUGGUGUAGAUGGUCAGAAGCGGUCAGAAGGAAGGUUAGGAAGAUAUUAGAAGAGUUGGAAGUAUCAUUCCCUGACACGAAGCGAUAUUGACACAAUUCUGGCAGAGGAAGAAUCUGUGGCGUAAAGAUUAAUACUACAUUGACAGUGAAAUAACAUCUUAUAUGCAACAUAUAUAUAUAGACCUAUUAGUCAAUCAUGGGUAUGGACACAGACUCUGGAGAAACGUCAUGUGAAGACUUGGACUCAAGAAAAUUAUCAAAGAUACUAAAGGAAGAUUCAGACAUUGACAGGGUGUCAGAAGUGCAAGUAUUGAAAGGUUCAGAUGCUGGUGUACCAACAGUUCAAAUACUGGAAGUUUCAGAUCAUGGUGGGACUCCAAAGACUCAUGCCUGCACCUAUGAAGAUUGUGAUAAGGUUUUUAGCAGACCUUGGAGAUUGGCUAGGCACAUGUGUAUUCAUACAGGAAAGCGUCCCUUCAAAUGUGAAUUUGCUGGCUGUGAGAAGGCAUAUAGCCAUUUAAGCUAUCUACAUCGUCAUGUGAAAUUGUCGCACAAUUCAGCACUGAUGUACAAAGAGGUUUACAAAUGUCCUCAUCCAGGGUGCUUAAUGGAAUUGAGUAAUGAGUGUAAUUUAAAACGACAUUACAAGCGUAAACAUAAACAGAAACAUCCAUUUAUUUGCCGGUACUGUGACAAUGGGUUUUCAAAACAUCAUCAGUUACGGGCACAUCUCUAUCAGCACACUGGUGUUCCACCGUUUAAGUGUCCAACAUGUGAUGUAGGUUUCACUACACACUAUGAUCUUAAGCGUCAUCAGAGAGGUCACAGAACAUAUGUAUGUGACUGUGGCCAGGAGUUCAAAAAUUGGACCCAGUUACAAACACACACUGUGCUUAGCCAUCCUGCAGUUUUCAUUUGUGAUAUAUGCAAGAAAAGUUUCAAAAGAAAAUGUAGGCUGCGGACACACAUGUCAGCCCAUCAAGACUCCUCUGACAGAGAGAUAAUGCCUUGUCCCUAUAACAACUGUCCACGAUUCUACUACCAAAAACGGAAUCUCACUCAUCACAUAAAGUCCAGCCAUGAAGGAAAGAAAUACGAGUGCACCUACCCAGACUGUGACUGGAAGCUUUGUACACUGCAAAAGCUGAAAGAACACAUGAAGUUGCAUGAUGGAAUGAGAUCUCGGCCUUCCAAAUCUUCUAAACCACGCAAGAGACGUCGUGAUGCUGGAAAGGCUAAACAAAGCAUGGCAGUCUUACUAUCUGGUGCUGUCAUAUCACGUGAAGAAGAGAAAGCAUUGCUCAAUGGGAGCUCAGAUAUUGUUGUAAUUAGUGGUAAUGAGAACAGCAGAGCAAUAAGAAAUGAUGUUGAAAAAGGACAAAUUAAGACUGCUUCAUUAGAUGAUGUACAUAGAGAUAGUGAUACUGCAAGGGAAGAAAUGCAGAAUUCAGCGGCAUAAGCAAAUACAUUAUAUUGCAGUAGUUCAUGUGAAAGUGGAAGGAUUGCAGUGAACAAGGUUCUGCAUCAUUUGGGGUGGCUGAAUACAGAAUGGAUGAACAGCAAAAGUCAGCAUUUAUGGCACUUACAUUAACACCCUAACAUACAUAUGUGCUUGUGGGACACCUUUCCAUACAGAUUGUGUUGGUUAUUUUGACAGAUGUAAAACAUCACCAAAAUACAGUUUCUUUAUUGAAUA